AUGCUGUCUCUCUUCCUCAUUCUUAUAAUAUCUCUAAGCGGAUCUCAAAUCUUUCCAGCUUUCUUCAUUCAUUUUAGUACUAUGAGUGAGCAAAUAGUCAUUGGAAGACUUGAGGAAGAUGUAAUUCUCCCUUGAUCAUUUGAGAGUGGUGAAAAAGUCAUAAUUCACUGGAGGAAUCAAGGUGAUGUUUAUACGUACUACAAAGACAGUGACCAUUUGGGAAAGCAAGAUCCCAGAUACAACCAGGUCACCCUCUUCCUCAGUGAAAUACACAGUGAAAAUGCUUCCCUAACUUUCAGAAGAUUAAGCCAUUUGUAUGAAGGAUGGCCUAACAAGAAGCUAAUGAUGACAGUUCCCAAAAGCCCUUCUUUCUCCCCCUUCACUUUUGUCACACUGGCGAUAAAGUGUGAAAAGAGGAACACAAACAGCUCCGUAAUAUGUGGCGUGUUAAGUGUUUAUCUUUGUCCAGUUCGUACAUGGCAAGUGAACAAUACACCUAUCCCUGAAGGCAAUAUGGAAGGAAUUGGGUCUUUUGAUCCUUUUUAUAAUAAGGUAAAUAUCAUAGGAUCAAAUUUAUUGUAUGAAUGUACUAUUGAAAAUCCAUUGCUGAAGCAAACAUGGACAGGGAGAUGGACAAUGAAAGUGGGCUUCAUGGGGCUUUCUGUGUAUAUGUGCUAUGUCCAAGGGAUCCCCACUUCCUUUAAUACUAAUUACAAUUCUGGUACUAACGAGGAUGCUGGGAAAAGUUCAGGCUUCUCCAGUUAUUCCCGAGGAGCCUCAACUUAUAGACUUUUUUGUUUGUUUUAUUUAGAACCAAGUCAAAGAACAGCCCUCUGGAUAAUCAUUCUGUCUUCAGUGCUUUGGGAGAUUUUGGUGGUACUUAACAUCAUGAGGUCAAGAAUAUGCAUCUAUUUCAUCAAAGGUGAUGCUUCAUGGAAGAUUUGGGUUCUGUCCCUAGGUAUUCAGAUUGAGGCUCUUUCAGAACAGCUAGCCAGUACAGGAAGUGAAGUGAAAACAGAAGUGUGA